CUCAGCGGGAGGGAGGGGGCAGACACAACGACUCAGUUUUUUUUUUUGGAGAAGAUUGAAAGAUAGGGCACAGGACGAGUAAUGAUGAUGGUUUGUGUUAAAAAACAAAGUUUAUUGGUUUACAGUGUUUGAUUUGUAGUGAACAUAUACCGAGAAACAGCGCGGAAUAGCUGGAGCUAGCUGACAUUUCUGGGUCGGACUGACAGCCUGUGCUCUGAUUGGUCAGUUCUCUCUUCAAUUCUGAGGCAGUUUACUGAGUUUGGAACGUACUAGCCAAUCGUCGUCCAGGAGGCGGGAUUUAUCAGAAUAAGACAUUUACAACCCAAGGCUUUGGCUUCAGCCAUCAUCCCAGCUUUGGCUUUCUUGAAAAUGGAAGAGCUCCAUACUCACUGUGUUUCAUGUGUGAGCCGGCGGUGCAUGGUCAAACCCGAGCCUGGCACUUCCUGUGACCUCCUUGUCUGCCCGCUAGUAUGUGGUGCUGUUUUUCACAGCUGUAAGGUAGAUGAGCAUCGGUUGCUCUGCCCACUCGAGAGGGUACCGUGCCUCAACCACAGCAUUGGCUGCCCUUUUAUGUUGGCCCGUGGCAAGAUGGCGGAGCAUCUCGAGGUGUGUCCAGCUGGCGUGGUAUGUUGUACCAUGGAGUGGAACCGGUGGCCGGUGAAUGACGAGGACUACCGCUCUUACGAGAGGUUGAGUCGGGAUGCAGAUGAGGAAGAACAGCUAGACAUGGCUCUUGCCUUGCAGGACCAGCGCACUAUGCUGGCCUCACUCAAACUUGUAUCUCUUGCACCUACAAAUUGCCCUGAGAGAAAACCGCAGCUUGCCGAGAUCCGGGAAAAGCCUAGCAUAGUUGCAGAUGUUAUGGUUCCCACUAUGCCACUUGAGGAAGACAUGGAUGAGGACUCUGUUUCAGGUAGCUCGAAAGAUGUAAUCACCAAUGGGAUUAACGGAUUGAACGAGGAGCAUUACGGUGAGCUUUACCAAACCACGGUAGAGACAACCAAAAGCCUGUCUGCUGCUCUGAAUGUUCUGAUACACCUCAACACCUCAGAUACACAGUGUCCAACUACAAGUGUUUUAGCAGCACAUUCAGAAUUAAAUGGAGAAUUACAUGAAGUUUUACUUAGGAAAGAAGACACCGGAUCCAACUGUGAUAAAAUAGCUAGUGGGGUUAGUGGUUUAAGUGAGGAGUUGCAGCCUCAACAACACCAAACCUUCAUGGAAUUGGGGAGAAACUUGGUCUCAGCUCUUGGUGCGCUUGGAGAUGCCGUCAAAGCCUCUGAGCCAAGCUGUAUUGUAAGCAAGACCAAUGCUGAAAUCCAUCAGCCAGAUACUGUUGAAUGUGCAGACAUUGAAAUGAAGGAUAGUACAUCUGAAAAUAUGUUUGGGGCAGUUGGUGGAAUUGAUGAUGGGGAUGAGGACAAACCUCCUGGCUACAUUUGUGAAGAACUUUGUCAGGAAUCUUCAAUCAGACUAGGAGAUGAGGAUGAGCAAAGUUUGUGUAAUAAUUGUCACAGUGCUGUAGCAUCUACAAAAUCAGAGGACCAUACAAUGGAACCAGCUGGGAUAGAUGUGUGUUCAGAGCAUGGAGGUUCUUGGGAAUUUGUUGGGCCAUUAUUUCCACACAGACCAGAAGUGAGGCAUGAAAUAGCUACGGUUGCAAUGCAGGAGGCAUCCGGAUCCCAGGCUCCACUUUUACAGUCACCUGUGCAUGCCCAGGCAUUGGUUGUUCCCAAGGACAGUGUGCUUCCUCCCAUAGCAUUAGACUUUGAAGAUAAGGCUUUUGAGAGAAAACUCCAAAACCUUCACUUGCUCCGCAAUUUUAUGCCUGUUGCAUUUAACGGGUGGAAAGGUUGCUAUAGUGAGAGCUUCCCACAUAGACAGCAUCGUUGUAAGAUGGAGGAUAAAGCUGUGGAUACAUCCGAUCUAGAGCAAGAGCCACAGGAUGACCCCCUGGGCCUUGGUGAGAUUGAUUUCACAGCUGCAGCUCUGCUCUUUUGCCUAGAGGAGUCACCACGUGCCCGAAGAAUCUCUGACACCGUCUAUGCCUUUGGUGGUUCACGUGUCGAUUUUGGCACUCAGACCUUCAGUUUCCCUGCUGCCAUCUUGGCGACCAGUACCAUGGUUGGUGAGGUGGCGUCUGCUUCAGCUUGUGACCGAGCCGCACCUCGUCUCUCACAGCCAAGUCCCUUUUGUACUUUAAGAUUAGAUUUGACCCUGGAACAGCUGGUGCCACGACCCAGUUGGGCCCCACGUGAAGGUUCCAUGUUCACAUUCGAAUGUGGCCAGCUGUUUCGCCGAGAAGAAUUCCUCUCACACUUCCGCAACGUCCAUGGAGACAUCCAUUCGGGGUUGAACGGCUGGAUGGAACACCGCUGCCCGCUUGCCUAUUAUGGCUGCACCUAUUCCCAACGCAGGUUCUGCCCAUCUAGUCAGGGAUCAAAGGUCAUCCAUGACCGACACCUCAGGUCAUUUGGGGUUCAGCCCAUGAUGGAGGUAGUAACAGAACCUGGGUGUGAUCGGCUGAGCCUGUUGCCCUUUGAGAUUCUGCAGCAUGUGGCACGGUUCCUGGAUGGCUUCAGCUUGUGCCAACUGUCCAUGGUGUCGCGUAUCAUGAGGGAUGUGUGUGCAAGUCUGCUGCAGACACGGGGCAUGGUUGUGGUACAGUGGGAAAAAAGGCAGUAUCCCGAUGGGAGGCGAUCUUGGCAGAUAAAAGACAAGGUGUGGCGAUUCAGUACAGCCUUCAGUCCUGUGACCAGGUGGAAGUUUGCAGACAUUUCCAGCAUGGCAGACCACCUGAAACGCUGUCCAUAUAACGAGGUCCAUAGACAGGUGGAGGCAGUGCCACUGCCAUGCAUGUGCACGACCAGGGAGCUUACCCGAGGCGGGCGAUCACUCCGUUCUGUCCUCAAGCCAGUAUUAUAACAUUAACAACAAUCGGAGUGAAAGAGCUAUAACACUACCUUACCUAACCUCUUUAAUCAAUAAUAUCCAUUGCUGUGUACAUAAGACAGAAUAUUUUUUUGGGUUAAGAUUAUUUUUUUAUAUAUAUGAUAUAUAUAUAUGAUAUAUAAAUCUAAUAACUGCUUGGUUUAUGAUGAGUUUUAAUGAUGUGCACUGAGAAAGAUUUACAUAGUUGGCCUUUACAUGUGUAGUAAAGUCUGUUUUGCCCAUGAGAGGUAACACUAAAAUGACAAAAAUAACUUGGUCGAGUAGAGUGAAAUGAAGAGCCUUAAGCUGUGUAUUUGAUUCGUUGGAAUUGGACACGGGAGUUACUCGCUUCCAUCAAGUGUUGUGUUACAUUAUGUCCAAAUGCUCUAAUCGAUUCGAUUGGACAAGACCCUUACAGGAGGAAGCAGCAUCCAAUAGUCAAGCACCAAUGGAUCCAGCUCUAUCCUACUCAAACCCCGACUCAGGAAGAGUUUUUAAUGAACUGAUGAAUUUAAUUGAAGCAGGGAAAGCACAAUGAUGUGCAGGGCAGAGGGUACUCCAGGACUCACAGAACCUGUGGUCUUUUUUCUUUUUGAAUACGUGAUAUUUUUUACGAACCACAGCUGAUCCUAAUCUAGCACCCAUACCCUGUGAUUCUGUACAAUAAAAAGGUUCCAAUGACUGAAGGUGUUGACUUAGGAUCAGACUUUGACGAUUUCACACAAUCUCAAUAUCAUUCUACAUAAAUAUGUUUGCUUUUUCCAUCUGAAUACACUUUUUUUCUCACGGUAUGAGCUGUCGAAGCAUGUUGACCAUACGUUCUUUUUGUUUUUUUUGUCCUUUGCACAUUACUAAACUCUGUAACGCUUGGACCCUGGUAUAUUCCCAGAGACUGGCAUCAUUAUCAUCAUGCAUCACUUUUGUUUUAGGAGAAAAUGAGGGUUCCACUUUUAAAAGACACUCCACAAGCACUUAAUAUGUGUCAAGAAACAUAAUGUAGCACCUUCCUUAAAUAUUGUAAACACUCAUAACGUAAAAGUUUACAUGCAAAAUGUGUUAUAUCUCCAUGUCCAAGUUCAUGUUGCACAAGUGCAUGUUGAAUGAAAAGGUUUGUAUUGUGGAUCGUCACAUUCAUUUCCAAAAGCUUUACAAUUUACAUUUAAUCUGUCAGGUAAUAAUAAUUUUCUAUCCUUUCACCUAUUGCAGCCAUUUUCAGCCCACUUCUAUCAAUGCACCUUUCCUAUUUACAUCUUUGAGCUUUCUGUUCCAUUUUUAAGAACACUUAGUGCUGAAUUUGAUUAAUGUUUGGGAUUCAAGAAGCACUGCUUUAGCUCCGAACCCAAAGCCAAGUUUUUGUGUUUGUCUGUGUAAUCCCAAUGAAGGCCUUAUGGAUGGAUUUUUUUUUUUUUUUGGCAACUCUCGCUGCUGCUGAAGAAGGAAAGUGUUUGCCUGACCAAGCAUGCUGGCACCAAUGAUCUGGAGAUUAAGCCAGGACAUUAUAUAGUCCGGACGACCUGCAUGUGGUUUUUGGUUGUGUUGAAUAAAAAGAUAUUUUAUCAUCUUUGA